AGAGAAAGGAACAGGGAAGGACCCCAGAGGGGCUCACACUGGGCCUGGAUAGGGCCACUAUAAAUGUCUCUUUUAGGAUAGGUUGCCCUUUAGCAGGACAAACUCUCUUGGCACCAGUGUUUUCCCCCAGCUCGGGCCGGGGCGAGGGCUUUACAGAUGAUGGAGCUGGGAACCGGGUCGCUGGCUGAGGACUCAAAUUCGCUGAACCGCCUGUGUUCAAAGUCGUGGGCCAGGGCCCAGGCGGCGCUUGGCUUGUGACACAAUUAGGUCCUCAAACCCUUGAGGGCAGCUGGCAGUUCCCUCCUUGGCGGUUCCUCUGUGGAGCCUUUCCUUGUGGAGCAAGGACUAUGUGGUUGUACCAUCGAAGGGAUGGUGUGUCGCAGCCGGGGAGGUGGCCAGGCUGUUUGAGGUGGAAAGAGCCUUGUAUUUGACUUUUUCGAGGGAGGCUUGGGGGGAAUCUCGCAUCUCCGAGGACCUAAAGGAUUAUUUACAGGGUGCUCACCAACCAAACACAACAGUCUAAUUUAACCUUUGCAAGUCCUCGUAAAUUUUUACAGAGAGCUGCAGCGAGGCAAAAGAAUCUGUUGGUCGUUGCUGACUUCCUACCAGCCUGUGUGGCUUCCGAAACAAUAACUCCUUAUGAAAUAUCAUAAAUAUAGAUUUAAAUACAGUAGAGUGAGAAUGCGAUUUGGCUGCUUUUUAUGGCUUCAAUUAUUGUCUAAUUUUAUGUGAGGGGCUCUGCUGGCCGCACUCGCACGCGGGACCCGCGCCUUCCUGAUGGCGUGAUUAAUUGUGAUAUAAAAUAGUCCGCUUAAGAAGUGUGUGUGUGUGUGUGUGUGUGUGUGUGUGUGUGUGUGUGUAGAGGGGGCUGGCAAGGAAGAGUACAGAGGCAAGGCCAGAUUUGAUCUUUUAAUCUUCGUUGGCCACAAUUAAAACAAACCAGAUCGUGGAGCGGCGCGAUCCCUUUGCAUAAAAACAUAUGGCUUUUGCUAUAAAAAUUAUGACUGCAAAACACCGGGCCAUUAAUAGCGUGCGGAGUGAUUUACGCGUUAUUGUUCUGCUGGGCGGACACGUGACGCGCGUGGCCAAUGGGGGCGCAGACGCCGGCAACUUAUUAGGUGACUGUACUUCACCCCCCCCUGGUGCCACCAAGUUGUUACAUGAAAUCUGCAGUUUCAUAAUUUCGGCGGGUCGGGUUGGGCCGGCCAGGCGCGGGCUACUGCGAUGGCUACCACCGGGGCCCUGGGCAACUACUAUGUGGACUCCUUCCUGCUGGGCGCCGACUCUGCCGAGGAGCUGGGCGCUGGACGCUAUGCGCCAGGGGCCCUGGGCCAACCCCCGAGGCAGGCGGCGGCGCUGGCCGAACACCCCGACUUUAGCCCUUGCAGCUUCCAGUCCAAGACGGCGGUGUUCGGUGCCUCGUGGAACCCGGUGCACGCGGCGGGCGCCAAUGCGGUGCCUGCGGCUGUGUACCACCACCACCACCACCCCUACGUGCACCCCCAGGCGCCCGUGGCCGCGGCAGCGCCGGACGGCAGUUGAUAGAGAAAAACAACCCAGCGAAGGCGCCUUCUCCGAAAACAAUGCCGAGAAUGAGAGCGGCGGAGACAAGCCCCCCAUCGAUCCCAAUAACCCGGCUGCCAACUGGCUUCAUGCUCGCUCCACGCGGAAGAAGCGCUGCCCCUACACAAAACAUCAGACGUUGGAACUGGAGAAAGAGUUUCUGUUCAACAUGUACCUCACACGGGACCGCAGGUACGAGGUGGCCCGGCUGCUCAACCUCACCGAGAGGCAGGUCAAGAUCUGGUUCCAGAACCGCAGGAUGAAAAUGAAGAAAAUCAAUAAGGACCGAGCAAAGGACGAAUGAGCUGGUCAGGGCUCAUUUGGAAAAGAGCAAGCUAGAAAGAAGAAAAAGAAAGGACUGUCCCCCCUCUUCCUCCACUCCCCCAGCCCCAGCCUCCACUACCCGCCCAAAGUGGCUCUAAACCCCGGGCCUCAUCUCUGCCUGGCAGUCCCUGCUCAGGCUGGCUCCUAGGCCUGCGGCUUUAUUGGAGGAGGUAUUGUAAGCUUUCCAUUUUCUACAAGACACACACACAAGGGAGGGCAUUAGCGCUGAUGGCUGUAUGUGCUUGCUUGUAUAUAUAUUUAAAAAGAAACCUACCUGCUUCUGACUUAAAGCAAAAGGGAAAAAAAACUACCUUUUUAUAUAUAAUGCACAACUGUUGACGGGCUGUAUAGUUUUUAGUCUCUGUAGUUAAUUUAAUUCGCUCUUCGUGUGGCAGAUCACUCUGCUAAAAUACUUGAACACUGUGUUUUAUUGUGGUAAUUAUGUUUUGUGACUCAAACUUCUGUGCUGGGUGAAGCACCCAUUGUGAUUGUGGAAGCUAGAAUUCAAUUUGAACUCAGGUUGUUUAUGGGGGGAGAUAAGCUGUUGCAUAGAGUAUAGCUCUGUAGUGGAAUACUGUGUAACUAGACUGUCAGCCUACGAUUGUAAACUAGCUGUAAGGAUUUCCCAGUGAAAUCACACUUGGAAAGAAAAGGGAGGUAGUUCUCCAGGAUACAUAGAUUCAUGAUUUCUCUACUUUUGAAAUGUAGGCAUCUUCAUCUUUACAUACUCUAGACUCCAGUCUUGUCCAGUGUAUAUAGCAUCUCCAUAUUAAAGAAAUAUUCAUAAUCAAACAAGCUUGAAGAUUGUUUUUGCACCAGAGGAGAAGUGAGGAAAUUCGGAGCUAUACAUAUGUGCAGAGGGUUACUACCUAUGGUUUAUGCUUAAUUUUAAUUGGGAGACAUGAGUGCUUAUUGUAAUGGAGUUAAUUUUAUUGAUAAUAAACUAUACACCAAGAAACCGCCAUUGGGCUACUGUAGAUUUGUAUCCUUGAUGAAUUUGGGGUUCCCAUCUGACUGAGCAUACACUGUAUAUUUUGCAAUAGUUACCUCAAGGCCUACUGACCAAAUUGUUGUGUUGAGAUAUUUAACUUUUGCCAAAUAAAAUAUAUUGAUUCUUCUA